AUGAUGGUAAUUCUGUUGAACUGCGUCACCCUGGGGAUGUACCAGCCCUGUUUGGACAAGGAUCCGUGUACCACCAACAGAUGCAAAAUCUUACAGAGGUUUGACGAAUUCAUCUUCGCCUUCUUCUCCCUCGAGAUGACCAUCAAGAUGAUCGCCAUGGGCGUCUACGGACGCGGCGCCUACCUGGCCGACUCCUGGAACAGGCUGGACCUCUUCAUCGUGAUCGCUGGCGCUGUGGAGUACGGCCUCCCGAACUUCAACAACCUCAACCUGUCGCCGGUCAGGACGAUCAGGGUGCUGCGUCCUUUGAGAGCAAUCAACAGGAUACCCAGUAUGAGGAUCCUGGUGAUGUUGCUGUUAGAUACACUGCCCAUGCUGGGCAACGUCCUGUUGCUUUGCUUUUUCGUGUUUUUUAUUUUUGGUAUAGUGGGGGUGCAGUUGUGGCAGGGGGUGUUAAGACAGCGGUGCGAAAAUGUGAUACCUCCCAUAGCACUGCGGCCUAAUUUGGCCUAUUGGUACUUCUACAAACCCGUGGAAACGGACUAUAUAUGCAGCAGAAGCAACUACUCCGGGAUGCACUUCUGCACGGAUUUGCCGCCGUUCAAAAACGGAUCUCACUUCUGUAACCUCACCGUUGAAGAGAAAAGGCUGCCGCAAUACGCCAACAAUGAUUCCUUCUGCAUUAAUUGGAAUGCUUACUAUUCCAGCUGUUCCGACAAAAACCAGAACCCCUUUCAGGACACCAUAUCAUUCGACAAUAUAGGGCUGGCGUGGAUUGCCAUCUUUCUGGUCAUAUCAUUAGAGGGCUGGACGGAAAUAAUGUACUAUGUCCAAGAUGGCCAUAGCUUUUGGGACUGGAUAUAUUUUGUUUUACUCAUAGUGAUCGGUUCCUUCUUCAUGAUCAACCUCUGCCUGGUCGUCAUCGCCACGCAAUUCUCAGAGACGAAGAAGCGCGAGAUGGAGCGGAUGAGGCUAGAGCGCGCCCGCUUCCAGAGCAGCAGCACACUGGCGUCAUCGACGAAUAAUAGCGAACCGACCAGCUGCUACGCGGAAAUUGUAAAGUACAUCGCACACCUCUGGCGGCGGAACAAGAGGCGGAUGCUGAAGAAAAUCCGGCUGUAUAGGGUGCGCAGGGACCAGAGGAGGGACAGGAAGAUGAUAGCGGGAGAGACUAUAAGACUUAACUAUGCCAGGAGGCACCACCCGAACUGUCCUAGAUUGAGGCAGAACCAAAGCCAGAGCCUGCCAAGCACCCGUGCCGUGUCGAGGACGAGUUCGAUCUGCCUGAGCGAGCACGCUGCCAGGGACAACAACCGCACCGACGACGUGGAGCUGGCCGUCGUCGUGCCAAAAAGGCCCGGAUUGCUCCGGGUGCCGUCCGUCUCUAAUCAGGAUAUCGCUUCCUUCAAUAACGACAGUCCGACGAAUCUAUUAUCCCCACCAUCGGUGCCAAACAACAGAAGACGUUCCUCUGUAAUGUUCAGCGACGUCAUCGUGCUACAUGGACAAAACAACAACUCUCCAGCUACUUCUUCAUCGAACUUGCUGUCCACCAACACGAACAUUGACAAGAAAAACGUUUGUUCUAGCGAAAAGACGACACAAGCUGGCGACGGCAACAUCUGGCAAAUAACCUCGGUUCCUAACCAGCAGCAACUCCUGCAAACCCAGCAGCAAAUCCAACAGGACUGCAACGAUCUCAUGAACGGCGAGGCCCUAACCUGCCAGGAACUCCUCGCCUUAGGCGCCAUAAACGCAGCCCUACCUACCGGCCAAAUAGUCCUGGACACCUUCUUCAAUUCCCUUUCGAAGGGACUCAACAACAGACAGAAGAACAGCGAAGAACUCUACAUCCAACAACUCCCCGAAGACGACUUUUCCUGCUGCCAGGAUCUCUGGCACUGCGAGUCCGAAUAUAAGAACGAAAAGAGGUCCAAGAUCUACGUCUUCUGUUGUCUUGUAAUGAAGGGUAUAGUUAGACUGUUAAAAACAAUAAGGAGGUACAUAAGGAUCCUUGUGGAACACAAGUUGUUUCAGCAUGGGAUCCUGCUUGCCAUACUGAUAAACACUCUCUCUAUGGGGAUCGAACACCAUGAGCAGUCUGAAAUUUUGACCCAUGUGGUCGAAGUGACGAAUAUCAUUUUUUCCGCUAUCUUCGCGGUUGAGAUGGUGUUGAAAGUGGUAGCAGAAGGGCCUUUUGGGUACAUUUCCAACGGGUUCAACGUCUUUGACGGUGUAAUUGUUAUCUUAAGUGCUAUAGAACUGUUCAAAAACUUCACUGGCGAGACUCACGCGGACUCCGGCUUGUCAGUAUUAAGAACUUUUCGGUUGCUUAGGAUAUUAAAACUAGUAAGGUUCAUGCCAAACCUGAGAAGGCAACUGUUCGUCAUGUUGCGCACCAUGGACAAUGUAGCAGUAUUCUUUUCCCUUCUCAUAUUAUUUAUAUUUAUAUUUAGCAUCCUGGGCAUGUACCUGUUCGGUGGUAAGUUUUGCACCUAUACUGACGAGAAUGGGAUAACGAAAGACUGCGGCUGUGAAAUGAUGAACGACAAAAGGUGUCUAUGCGACCGAAAACACUUUAACAACAUCCUCUGGGCAACCGUCACAGUAUUCCAAAUUUUGACGCAAGAAGACUGGAAUAUGGUGUUGUCGAACGGUAUGGCGAAGACAUCCAACUGGGCGGCGUUGUAUUUCGUAGCCCUAAUGACUUUUGGGAACUAUGUCCUGUUUAAUUUGCUGGUAGCUAUUCUAGUGGAGGGGUUCAGUUCUGAAAGGAACGAAAGGAGGGAAAGGGAGCAAAGGGAGUUGGCGAGGAGGAAAAUGUCUUGCAUAUUGGAGGCCAGCUUGAGGGGUAGUCCAGGAAACAGUAGCCAGUCCAUGUCUAGCUCGAGUGAUAGUUAUUCACAAGAUAGAAAAAAUUGUUGGAGAUCUGCAGAGGAAUUGAGAAAAUUAAAAGACCUCAACGAGCAGCGGUCCCCACUUCCUCUCACAAAAUACGAUUGCAGUGAAAGGUUUUCCAAAAAGGAAUGUUGUUACAUUGGGAAGGAACCUAAGUGCAACAUACAAAAGGAAUCCUUAAGGCAACCUUUGAGACAGCAAUCUCCGCCGAUUAUAACGCACACGGCCGCCACCCCCCAAGACUCCCCCAGCACGACGCUGGACGACUUCCCGGAAUUCCGUUACAACGUUACCGCCGUUAUGAACGAGGACCUCCCUGUAGGUGACAGUGGCCCCGGCUGUCCUUCCACUGCAGAGUCCACGGCACAAAAGCCCUCGAGCCUGAGCCUGCUCAAACCCCCCACCCUUUCCCCUCCUCCCCUCACCUUCCGCCAGUUCGAGCGGCCCCCCGACGAGCCCAACCACCUGGCGGCGAAGAUCGUCAUCCACAACGAGAAGGUGGGCUCGAAGACGAUGUCCUUCUCGGAGAAGGUGACUCCAGACAAGAACAAAAUCCAACGCAAGUGCUCCUGGAAGCUGGCCUCCAGGCCCAGUUUGAAGAGGAAGAAGAACAGAAGCGGCUCCGACUCGGAGGCGGUGCCCCUGAAUAACGGCAGGGACCACUCGCAGUGCAAUGGCGGCGGGGUGACCAGACACGCAAGCUUACGAAACGACUCAUUAUUACAAUCAUCGAUAAGGAUCCAAAAUGACACCCAAAAGGAUACCCCCAAUAAUAAGAGUCCCAAAGGACUUAGUCCACAAAAUUCCAUUAGAUGUAGAUCAAACACAUUCAGCUCUGUGCAAGCACAAGCACCAGCACCCCCAGCUUUGAUGCGGAAGAAUUCACUGAAUAAGUCUCCAGUUCAGAAUAAGUCAGCUAGUCCUAUCGUGGCUAGGAAAGAGAGCCACAUCGAGUUAAAGUCUGUCAAUAGUUUAAACGAUAAAAAUGUGACUGAGAGGAGCUUGCCACAAAUCAAAUUGACAGAAUGUACUUCAAGAUUUUCUCCAAGACUAAGUGUUUUCAACAGGCUGGAAAUGUUUCUGGAACCGACAGGGUGUUUGAAGGAAAAGGAUGACUAUUCCCUAUAUUUAUUUUCACCCAACAAUAGAUUUCGAAAGUAUUGCUGUUGGUUAGUCAAACAGAACUGGUUCGACAACAUUGUACUGUUAUUUAUAGCUUUGAAUUGUAUCACGUUAGCCAUGGAAAGGCCUAACAUUCCACCGGACAGCACGGAGAAAUUAUUUCUUCAGAGCUGCAAUUAUAUUUUCUCCGUUGUAUUCGCCACAGAAAUGUUUGUCAAGGUUGUCGCUACUGGUAUGUGCUAUGGCCCCAACGCUUACUUUACCUCUGGUUGGAAUAUUAUGGAUGGAUCUUUAGUGAUAAUAUCGUUAGUAGAUAUAAUAAUGUUUUUAAUCAACGACACUACCUCUAGGAUAUUUGGAAUUUUAAGGGUAUUUCGAUUGCUAAGAUCACUUCGUCCACUGAGAGUAAUCAACAGAGCCCCUGGUUUAAAGCUAGUCGUACAAACUUUACUGUCGUCAUUAAGGCCUAUCGGGAACAUAGUUUUGAUUUGUUGUACAUUUUUUAUUAUAUUUGGAAUUCUUGGAGUACAGUUGUUCAAAGGAACGUUCUACUAUUGUACAGGAGAAAAUCUUACCGGAAUUGCUACAAAGCAGGAUUGUUUAUAUAGAGGUUAUGAGUGGAAAAAUCAAAAAUAUAAUUUCGACGAUUUAGUCCAAGCACUCAUGUCUCUUUUCGUGCUGAGUUCGAGAGACGGCUGGGUUAACAUUAUGUACACAGGUUUGGAUGCUGUUGGAGUCGACAAACAACCAGUAGUUAAUUACUCCGAAUGGAGGCUGCUCUAUUUCAUAUCUUUUAUUCUCUUGGUGGGAUUCUUUGUGCUUAAUAUGUUUGUUGGAGUGGUGGUCGAAAAUUUCCACAGAUGUAGAGAGGAGCAGGAGAAAGAGGAACGAAUUCGAAAAGCAGCUAAACGGGCUUUACAAAUGGAAAAAAGGAGACGAAAAAUGAACGAGCCGCCCUACUACAUCAACUACUCACCUUGGCGCCUGGACAUCCACAAGAUCGUUACCUCCAAAUACUUCGACUUAGCCAUAGCACUUGUGAUAGGCCUGAAUGUGAUAACAAUGGCAACGGAGAGGUAUAAGAUGCCCGAAUAUUGGGAGUACGCCCUGAGGAUUUUCAAUUAUUUUUUCACCGCCGUGUUCAUACUGGAAAGCACCAUGAAGCUCAUAGCGCUGGGCUUCAAAAUGUACAUGAAGGACAAGUGGAACCUGCUGGACGUUGCCAUUGUGAUAUUGUCGGUAGUUGGAAUUGUUAUAGAAGAAAUCGUCCAGGAUUUGAAGAUUAUUCCUAUCAAUCCUACUAUUAUUAGGGUGUUACGUGUUAUGAGAAUCGCGAGGGUGCUGAAGUUAUUAAAGAUGGCGAAGGGGAUCAGAGCCCUCUUGGAUACAGUGAUGCAGGCAUUGCCGCAAGUGGGCAAUCUUGGUUUGUUGUUUUUCUUGUUGUUUUUUAUUUUUGCUGCAUUAGGAGUAGAAUUGUUCGGUAGAUUGGAUUGUAAUAUAACUCCGUGCCAAGGUUUGGGCGAGCAUGCUCACUUUGAAAAUUUUGGAAUGGCUUUCCUAACCUUGUUCAGAGUUGCUACUGGCGAUAACUGGAACGGGAUCAUGAAGGAUACCCUAGACGAUGAUAAUUGUAAUCCUAAAGACGACUGUAUUAGAAAUUGCUGCAUAUCACCUAUUAUAGCUCCAAUUUUCUUUGUUAUAUUCGUGCUUAUGGCUCAAUUCGUUUUGGUUAACGUGGUAGUAGCGGUACUCAUGAAACAUUUAGAGGAGUCUCAUAAACAUCUGGAAGAUGAGCAAGAUAUGGACGCACAAUUAGAAAGAGAAUUUGCAGAGAAGCAAGAGAUCAAGGAAAGAACGGAACUCUGUCUAGCUCUUCAGCUCGACCAAGAGUAUCAGAGGCAGAAAAAGCCACUAACUAAAGUCCUCUCUCUACCAGCCAACUUCACAUACAAUCCGCCAGGCACAAAAAUUACAUUAGAGAGGCAACCUUCGCAGACUCGUCGCCAAACCUUGCACAGUCAUCAGCCGAUAAUGUUGCCAAACUUAGACGACAUAAAAAACAUCGACGAGUCAACCUCUGACAUUUAUAGCAUACAAGAGGUUCAAACUCCAGAGGAGUACGAAAAGAAUUACAGACCAAUCGCUCAAACCAACUUGGACGAAAUAAUAACGAUAAGUUCACAGCCAGAAACUCUAAAAGUGCCAAAAAUGGAAGAACCUAAAGUGAAAAGAACGAACGAAACAAAUGGAACUAGUAGUAGCAAACUUUUACUGGUACUGCCUGAGGUUAAACCUCUGCAUAAGCUUUAUGGCAGUACGAAGCAUCUAUUCCAAAAACAACUGUCGAUGGAUAUCAGUGAGGAAACGCCGUUUCUGCUCACAGUUCCCGGAAUGCAACCUGGAGAGGAAACGAAACUACCAAAGCACGACAGCCAAGAGAGCGUCCAACGAAUCAUAACGGAGCGCAGGAAACUAGACGAGAACCUUAAAGAAAUAAACCAGUAUGAUAUUUUUGACGUUACGAGGAACAGCAGCGAGGAGAACCUAAUGGAAGAAGACGAACAACGAGAGGAACGCGAUGUAAAAAGUAACGACAAAAACGAUAAUCGAUGUUAGUUUGUAGAUCACACCUAUUUUUAUAUGUGUAAAUAGUUGUAAAAAAACCUUUCCUAGUCCUAUUUAUUUUUACAUAUCUGUAGUGAAUGUCUAGUAUUUUGUACAUUGUUAUAUAAGUAUUAAAUUGAUCUAGAGGAAUUGUGAAUACUACGUGUACUAU